UGCCUCCGCUCCUUGAAGGAAGAGGCGCCAUAACGCCCACCGGGGCUGGGGUGCGCUCCCAGCAUGGGGAGCCCCCAGCACCCCGAUCCCUUGGGACACGGGCUGCGCCGAGCCCUGGCAGAGCGUCCCCGAAAGAAGCAGCGGCCGCCCCUCCCUCACCAAAGGGAGGUGAGGGGGUCCCCGGGUCCGGGUUAGGCCCGAGCCCCCCGGGCUCCCAGGCCACGGGCGCGCAGGGUGGGAGUGCGGUGAGGGUUUGGUUCCACAGGGGGAUUUGUAAGGCCGAGAGAGUGAACCAGUGCGGUCCUGUUUGCUCCUACGGUGUAGUGCGUAUCAAGCUCCUUGAGCAAGUUCUGCUUCUUCCUGCAGGGGCACAGAAGUCAUUUAAGUUCCUACUACACCUGCAGACUUGUAGUCUGGCUUCUCCUGUUCCAGGAAUGGAAUUUAAAUUACGUUAGCAACAGAAGGCUGUAGCUGGUAAAGCAGCUACUGUUUGUGUAACACGGCAGCCAACACUUGCUUUGCUGGCUGAUGCUGAUGGCAGAUAGGCAGUUCAUUUGGAAACCUGUCUAUUAAUGAAGCUUAGAUAGUAUUUCCUUUCUUUUAGACUGCUUUCCUUCUGGACAGGGUUGUAUCUGUUGUAAAAUAGGUAUGUGCCUCUAUAUAUACAUGUGUUCUGGUACUGGAUUGUCUGCCCACCGUAUGGGAGUCUUUCCCUAAAUCUUGGCUACAUGCCCAGCAUUUUGAUCAAAAUAUCUGGAAAAGCAGAUAUUGGUGUCUUUCAUAUGUCAGACACUGUUCAGCAGCUCAGGUUUAAUGCUCAUGCCUCAGCAGAAAAGUUACCUUUAGAAAAAGAAGAGAGUUUUUCAAGUGCUGCUGUGUCAAGUGACCUUGCUGCUGUCAGCAUCUUAUUACAUUCCCUUUAUUGAGCAUUAUUUUGAUUCAGAGUUUAUCUUCAGCGAUGAUAGAGAGUUACCCUUUUGCCUUAGCUCUGCAGUCUCUGCCGUUGCAUAAUUUAUGCAACAUGCAAUAUGCUGCACUGCCAGAAAGUAAUCACCUUUCUUGCCGUGGUCAGUUGAGUCUGUACUGUUCUUAGCAGGUAAAUUCAGCAGGCUGAAUUACAUUACCCUGUAAAUAUAAGGUUAAAUUUUUAUUUCCCAAAAGAGUUCAGAGUAAUUUUUCUUGCUCAUAAACCCAGCGCUUGAAGGGAUGUUGAGUCCAGGGGAAAAGGGAGGAUGCAUCUCCUCGGGCCAGUGUAAAUAUCUGUGCCUUGGUACUGUAAUAAAAAUGUGUUGCAGGCAAUAAUUACCUGUGAUAAAUUACAUUUGUAGUGUGUCAAAAUUUGUGUGUUAAAAAAAAAGCUGUUCAAGGAUGUUUGCAAGCCCUUGUGGGAAGACCUGGGUUCAUGUUUUGUUUGAUGAGAUCAGAAUUUCUUUCAAACAUGAUAUGGCUAAUAAAGAUUCAGAAUAGCUGGGAAAAGCACCCUGCUCUUUAACAAGUCCCAUCAUUUCUGUAUUUGGAGGUUACCAAGGUUGCCUCCAGCUCCAGCACUCUAAAGCAGGUCUUGAAGAGUCCUUACAUCUACACAUGAGUGUAGAGCUGCAUUAUAAGGUGAAAUAAAAGUCUUUACCUCAGCAUUUUCACACUGGGCAGCUUGAGCUGCAUGUCUUGUUGUGCCUUUUGGAGCUUAGGCACAGCACCACAAGAAAACUUAUUAUGGGAAUCCUGGAAGGUGAAUUGACGUUUUCCUCACCCUUGUGUUGUUCCACGUGCUCCCACAGCAACCACUGCUGUGCCCUGGCAGAGGGUGAGAAAUUGGUUCAGAAUUCAGGGAAUUAGGCAGUAAUGAUUCAGUAAUAAUUCAGCAAUUAGGCAGUGGGUGAUGUGUCCAAGUUCAGAUUCCUCUUCAGCCUUAGAGGAAUUAUCAGUAUGGGCUUGUUCAGUCCCCUGAAAGAUACUUCCUGGAUUUUCCCCUGAUGUUCCUCUCAAACAGUGAAACAACCAGUGACUAUUAAAAAAAACAUGGGGAGUGAACAAAAUUGUAUAUGAAGUGUCUGAUCAAAAAGCUUUUUUUGCUGUGAAGAAAUCAGACUUCUUGAAUGGCUCAGCAAAGAUUGCAGCAGCAUUGGAGAGUCUGUGGUAGAGACAUCAGCACAGGGCAGCCAGCAGGCAGGAAUUAGUGACAACCUGUGCUAGACACAAAAUUGCAGCAGAAGAUCACUGGCAUUUACAACCCUAUGACUAAUGUGCUGAGCUGUCCCUAUGGGUAUGAAUAUUUCAGAGAUCAUCCAUGUUGGAGCUGAAUAGUGGUUCAAAAGGAACUCUGAGGUCUGAAAAUCACUCUUGUCACCUACUAUUGGCUGUUGGAUGAACAGCCCUCCCCCUGCAAGCUCAAAUCCAAAGAUCAGCUGAGGACAUUAUCCUUAUGGCACCCCUCUCUUGAGAUGCUCAUUUCCACUUCCUCUGCACGUGAGUAAAUAGUUCGAAGGAAUCACAUUCCUCUCCGUUGAGCCUGCUCUGUUUGAUAAAUACCAAUUAAUAGCAACAGCUAAGAAUUACAACUUCUGUCUGGACCAGGGAAUAGCUGGAAUUAGGCAAGAGAAGGUGAUGAUGGGAACAGUUACAGUGUCAAAGGCUGUUCAGUCUUGCAGAGCUCUCUGUAGUUUGAGGUGUUACUGAGAAAGAGUGUGUGUUGCUUCACCUGUGAAGGGCAAACAAAACUAACUAUGAGGCAGAGGUGAUAUUCUGUUUUUUCCUCCUGUGGAAAAAUAGAUCAGGAAAGUUAUGAUAGCAACACCCUCAAUUCUCAGAGCUUAGUUUGCAAUAGGGCACUUUGUAUGGGCUAAGUAACAGAUUGGGGCCACAUUUGCAUAAGAAAGAUCGAUGCUGCUGUAAAUUACAUCUUGCUCUCUGCAAUACCAUAAUUACACACUUUAUGGUCUGUAAACAUCAUGUUUAAAGACAACUGAACCCAAGCACAUACUAACCUAUGUGUAUCUUCACCUCACCCAUGCAAGCAAGGCCUGUGACUGGUUGAGGGCACUGUGUAGCAACAGAGUUGGAGCAAUUUUUAGACUUAGUACAACAGCAUGAAAACUGGACUGCUGUUUUUUUGCCAUAUUCCACAGUAACCCUUACUGCUUUUAACAAAUAAACCUUUGGCCCAUUCAGUUGCAUGGGCAGUAGCUAUUUCGUGUUGCAGCCAUGAGCUAGUGAAUUAUAAAAACUACUUAUCUUUAGGGUGUCAGUGGCUUUUUUAUUCUCAGGUACAAUGAUGAAUAAAACUUGCCUGCAGAGAUGUAUUCCUCGUGCUUAAGUGAGUAACAGUGUGCACAUACACACGAGGAACACUGCCAGCUCUAACAGUGACAUGGCACUGGCUUCACAUGACUUGUCUGGGAGGGGACAGGCAGCUCCUGCUUGGAAACACCCCUGUUGCCCUUGCAUAAACCCUCAUACAGUUUCGACAGCAGUAGUGAAAAGUGAGGAGUUGAACUCUGGGCUCUGAAUAGACACAAAGGACCUCUCCUAGGCUACCAUCAGCAGGAGCUUUUCUAGGAACGAAGGCUCCCCCUAAAAGCGUGCAGUGCUUGGUAGGACAUCAAACAGCACAUCUGCUCCUGGGUCUGCCCACACAGAGUGGCUGAUAUGCAACUGUUCAGGUGACCAGUUUAUUCCUCCUUUCUGAAACACUGCAAGAAGAGUACUCCCAAGAGGCUUCCCUCCAUCAUCAAGAUGGAAGCAGACUCUGGAUAUUCCUCCUCUGCUGAGCUGCAGAAGCAGGGAAAGAAGCUCUCACAUGCCUUGAGGAUCAGUGCCUACGUCUUCAGUACAGGCCUGCUCCUGUUCACUGCCUUAGUGAACUCUGCUUCUUGGUUUAUGCAGAAUGUAACUUUAGGCAAUUUCUGGCAAACAGCAUGGUUGGAGUUCUACGAUUAUAUGGAGGGAGAUGAGUGGACAAUCUUCCUCAUUGGGGCUGCAUUGGUGCCUGCACUUGCUUUCUGGGGCUUCAAUGGAAUCCUUCUGGUGGCUGAUAUAACAGGAAAGCCAACUUUCAUAACUCGCUAUCGCAUUCAGCUGGGCAAGAAUGAUCCUGUGGACACAAAGAAACUGUGGAAAGCCAUCUACACAGCGCUGGCUAAUCAGUUCUUUAUCUCCUUUCCCAUGCUUGUGCCCAUGUUCUACAUCAUGAAAUGGUGGGACACCACCUUCAGCAAGGAAUUGCCAACCUUCCAGUGGUUUCUUGUGGAGCUAAGCAUUUUUACUGUAGUAGAGGAAAUUCUCUUCUAUUAUUCACACAGGCUUGUUCACCACCCAGUGCUGUAUAAGCACAUUCACAAGAAGCACCACGAGUGGACAGCCCCCAUCGGUGUGGUCUCCAUCUAUGCUCACCCAAUAGAACACAUAGUCUCCAACACUCUGCCUGUGAUGACUGGCCCGAUGAUCAUGGGAUCUCAUAUUGUUUCAAUCUCAGCAUGGUUCUCCAUUGCUCUGGUAACAACAAGCAUUUCUCACUGUGGCUACCACCUGCCCCUCCUGCCAUCUCCAGAGUUCCACGACUUCCACCACCUCAAGUUCAACCAGUGCUAUGGAGUGCUGGGAGUGCUGGAUUUUCUGCAUGGCACAGACAAAAUGUUCAGACAGUCCAAAGCCUUCGAGAGACACAAGGUCCUGCUCAGCCUCACGCCGCUCUCUGAAAGCAUCCCUGAUCCACCCAAGAAAGAUGAGUGAACCAGCCCAGCAGCUCUUGCCCUGCAGAAUGAGAGACAAUGAUUUAUGCCAAAUAGUAUUUUAAUCAGGAAAGAAGUUCUUGUCCACACCUAACAAAACAUGAAACUGAAGUUAAAUAUGCUGCUUGAAACGACUGCACUUUUGCUGCCAUUGUUUUCUAUCUGAGACACCAAAAAAAAACCUGCUCUAGAAAUCUAUUUUUAAAAUUUAAUGGUUUGUUUCUCUGUUACUUGCACUGUCCCUUGGUACCAGCUGCCUGUGUAUGAGCCAGGUGUGUUCUGGGCCACAUGGCUCAGUGUUACUAUUAUUAAGGUGUUAGCAUCAGAGGUGAGGAUUUGGCCUCUCUUGUUGGCACUCACUCUAUAGAAACAUCAAAGUCAUUCCAUCUAUAUGUGAUACAAUUAAAAUCAGUUUUUGUGACUCAGAGCACCUGGGACACAGGAUUGCAACUCCGUGGAAAAUCUCUGGGGCCACAGCUUAGAAAGUCUCCCCCACACAGGCAACAAGGGCCUGACUUGCUGUGAGCAGUUUUGAUACACGGGAGGUGAGUACAGGGCUGAACUGGGGCUGCCACAGCCUCAUCACUGCUCCACAAACAGCUGCACACCAAGGGAAUUUCCCCUCAUGGGACAGGGAAGCAGAGCUGGGAGCUGAAGUGCUUCAUGGCAUCACCUCCUCCUGCUGAGCCUCCCCUCUGAGACAGCCAAAAUGCUGAUCAAUUACAGAGAUUUUCCAAGGAAAGCAGAGUCCCUGCUGUCCUGAGCUGUAAGGAACCCCUCCAAGAAAAGACCCAAGAAAAUGGCCCCCAGAACAAUAUGCACACUCCUUAGCACCCACAGACCAUUCAAGACACACUGAAUUCUCUCAGGGAUCUUCCUAAGUCUCAGUCCUGCCUGGGGGCUGGAAAAAAAACCACCCCAUUUCUCCCCAGUACUAGAGCAGCCCCUCGAGGAACAGGGCUGGCCUGUGCUGCACUGACCAUUGGUCACCCCAGCUCUACCUCUGCAACCAAAGUCACUGCCCCUGCUCAUCUCAAGUCCCCAGAACUGCACCUGGAUGAAUCCAGCCCAGUCACCCAUCUGCAGUUCCCUGCAGAGGGCAAGUCAGCAGAACAGAAAACCCAGGCACCACUGUCUUUUGAACUUUUUAUUUUUAUACAUUUUUUUUGUAUUAAAAAGGAAAAAGCAUAAUUACCACAAAUUACAAAGGACUAAAGCAUUACUAGAAUAAUGAAUCACAUCAGCCUAGAAAGCAGAUACUCUGAAUAAUAUUAAUGUUAUAAUACAAGCUCUCAUUCAAGUAUUUUACAUUUUUCUCUUUUCCUUUUAUAUGUGAUGAUCCUAGCACAUGGGUCAAAGAUUAUGUACUAUCAACAGAGAUGGAUCAUGUACAGCGGGCCGUAUUAACAGGAUUUUCCUCCCAAGUGAUACAUGGUCUGUGAUGAGUCAUUUUAAGUUUGUCUCUAUUAUAAAUGCAGCUGAAGAAGGUUGCACACACUCUCUAGUUUUGGGAAACAGAAGGCUGAGGUUGGACACACAGGGUUUGAGAAGGGCCAGCACAUGGAACCAUGACCCCUUUAGCUCCAGACGAGCAGCAGAAAGGCUGCUCUCGCUGGGGUGCAGCUCAGUGGGUGUCUCUGAGCCACACAUCCAAAGGUUUCCAACCCCAGUGGGACCAGGACAGGCUGGGGGUGAGGGGGAAGACGGGGAGCAGGGCUGCACCAGGGAGGCUUGAGGGACCAAGUGGUGCCAAGCACCCCCUCCCAUGAGGGGCACCACUGGCACAAGCCACCCCAGUGCAGGGCUGACACCUGGGGAGAGAGCAGGAGGACAGUGUGGGGAGGGACCCCAGCACGCUCCACAGGGGCCAGCUGGCACCCAGGGCACUCCCUGCUCCUCUGGAGCUUCCCACCAAGGGGAUGUGCUCGUCACAGAUACAUCGGUCCUAUGUUCAAGUGUCUGCAGAAAGUGAAACUGUAAACUACUCCUGGAAAUGCUGCCCUCCAGCCACCCGCUCCACGCCACCGAGAUGAACGUUUGCUUAGAAAAAAAACUGAAAGAAAUUCAUUUAUCUGUUACCUGUAUUGGAAACUUUCAAAAAGUCAGUGAGCCAUUUAACAUCGAGUGUAGCAACCCUCUCGAGAAGAGCCCAGCAUCCAUUUCAAACAGUGACAAGUGACAGAACCAGUCUCAGAGGAGACAGGAGACAAUAAGCAUUGCAAACACAGCUUGCUACAUUUACAGUUUUCCUUUUUUUUUUUUUUUCCUUUUGAUAAAGUAACUGGAAAGGCAUUAACAGCUAGAAGGCCCCCUCUGCACUGCCAUGUGGAACGUGGCAGGACACUGAGGUUAAACACAUCAGUUUGUUACAGUACAACGACCAGUCCCGAGCAGGUGCCGAAACUCGAGGGACCCCAAGGGCUACAGUGAGAAGGCGCCAUCAGGGGUGCCAGGGGGCAGCAGAAGAGAUGGACAGGCAAAAACAGCAGCAGCAUCAUUACUUUUUAAAUCUUUUUUUUUCCCAAAUGAGCAUGGCAAAGCAACAAAGCCUCCUCAAAAAUACACCUUCCACCUCCACUCUGACCCCACACCACAGCUCUGUACCUGUUGCAGCCACCUGCAUUCUAAAAGACAAGUUGACCUUGGCAAGGAGCCCUAAGCUCCAGCAGCCUGGAGGUCCUCCUGAGAGGAGGGGCAGGAUGAGGAAUGCUCCCCUGACUCAGCCUCCCUCAGCCUUUCCAGAAGCAGCUGGGGCUCCCCCCAGGCUCUGCCAGUGGCUGGACACCAGCACCGUGCAGCCCUCGCGGGCUGCGGGACAAUCAGCGCUCACCGGAGCAAGGCUGCAACCACUCAACCCUCUGAAAUUCCAAAACACACAACACAUGGUGGAGGUGAAGCAUCCGAACUACAAGCAAGGCCUAACUCCCUCCUCUGCAGAGCUUCCUCAAAUGCAGACCUCCCCUGGACAGCUGUCCCUUCACUCAGUGGGGACAAGAGCCUCGCUGCUGACCCAGCCGGGCAUGGACCAUGUACCAGGGAGCUCCUGCCCUCUGCCAGCACUGCCCCAGCAUGGAGCAGGAGGGAAUGGUUCUGUGUUCCCUUCCCUGCAGGAAGGCAGGUGAGAGCGAGCAGCAGCUGCCUCAGGCUGUCCCAUCCAUCUUUGCUCUGUCCUGCCCACUGCUGUCCCACAGACAGCAAAACAAGGCACACGGUCCACAGAGCUGAGGGCACUGGGACCACUGGGGUUGCUCUUCUGACCCACCUUCCCCUGGGUGCACACACUGAUGUGACAAACCACUGACUUGGCAGAGGGGGGAGGGAAAACACUUCCACGCCAAGGCUAGAACCUCAGGAUCAGAAAUUAAAAAUUAUUCAAAAAUCAAUAUUUUGGGAAAUUCUCUGGAAAAUGUCCUACCUCUUCUACAACCCAAGCAAUUCCACAGUCUGCUCUACAAGCAACAACUCCAUAGCAGCAGCUCAUCCCUCCCCAUUUCCUAUGAAUUUGUUGCUAAAAUGCAGACAAUUGGCUUCAAGAGAGAACAUGCCAAUGAAAGGAGCACAGACACAGCAGCAAGGAGCACCUGUGGCACAUCCAGACCUGCCUCCACUUGCAAUCAACCAGCAACACAUCUACAAUGCCCUUGAUCGACUCUCCAGCCUCCUCCUUCCCAAAUCAGGGACAAACCCUCCUAUAUAGGUAACCUUAGAGAUCUGACUCCAGCUCACAAGAGGGG